AUGCAACAAAUCAAGAAGUUGAUGUUGGAGAAAAGAAGAGAGACUCCUCAUGAAAAGUAACUUCAGCUAAUGUCACAUAAAGAUGAGUAUUAAGAAAGUAAACUCAAUAACUCUUUUGUGUGUAUGAGUAACCAACAAAGAUCACUUUGAGAGCACGAGAGACCAAAUUUAGAAAGAGAAAGAGAGUAGUCUUGUACGAAGACAGUGCAUAUAAAGACAUGAAGGGGUAAGAAAAAAAGAAAAGAAUCCGGUGAAAGACGAUGAAGUAAAAUGGCUCACCAAGUGGAGCGAAAAAAAGCCGAUUAUGGAGAUAUGUGGCUGUUAGAAGAGUGUUAGACUAUAGAUAAUGAAGAAUAUUCAUCUCAAUGAAUAGUGUGCGAGCAAUGUCAAGUAGUUGACAAUAUUUUUGUUCGACAAUAUCAUUUUGUUGAGAUAUGUGUGGACACGUGAUUUGAUGAAAAAUAUCAUGAUCAAUACAAAAUGUACAAAAUAAAUCUUGGACCAACUCUAAAGUAUUGUUGGUGCAAAGAAUCUUGAGUGUAAUAAAGUAUUGAGUGAUGAUCUCAAUAAUGAAGUGAACGACUAUGAUGUAAACUUGGGUAUGAUCUUAGAGAAGAUAGAUCUAACUCAACCGGGUAUAGUCAUCAACAAAGACAAUGUAGUAGCGAUGGCUUGAGACAAAUAUUGUACAAGAGGGGCCCAAAAUAUUAUAAUGAAUGAAGUCAAAGGAUGCUGUGGAUGGAAUUUCAUCUCAACUUGAGUAUGAAUCAUGAUGGUGUUUGCCUAAUUGACAUGACUAGUGAGUUAGAUUUUCUACAGGUGUCGUUAGUCUUUAAUCUUCUCAAUCAAAAAUAUUAUGAGUUAUAUUUUAAUCUGAUUCACGAAAUACUUGUAGAUUGCAACGAGUUAGGUCGUCUCCUCAGGGAAUUUGAGGCUUAUUGUUUAAUGUUUGUUCUAAUGAAGGAUGGAAUGGGAAAGAAAACAAGGGGUUGUGGAUUGGAAGGAGAGAAGAAGAGGGAAUGAUGAAUCCCACUCUGAUUUCUCAGAUCUAGCCAGCGUAAGAAUGUCAAUCAACUGUUCGUAACUUCUAUUCUUUAAUCCCUAAUUAAAAUCUAACCCAAAACUAAAUGAAACCUGCUUCAUCUCGAAACUAACCUGGCGUCACCACUCCUUCCUUCUGACAAGAAGAGGCGUUCACUUGAAGCAGUGGGAGAGACCUCGUUCAAAUAAGAUGAGGAACGUUUUGGAUUGACACACCUACAUUCACACAAUAUAGAACUCGGAAAACCCUAAACCCUCUGGGCUAGCUGAAUUGCCAAAGGCUUCCUUCAUCAAAAGCUGUUCGUAACAUUGGUUUUCCGAAAAAUAUAGGGCGGUGUUCCCUCUCUCUCCUCUCUAGCUCACCUCUCAUGCACGUGGGAGAAACUACUCGAAGAUUUUGGUGGCUUCCUCCCCCUCAAGGCCAUGCUUCAUUGGAUCGGUGGACUCCCAUCUCGUGAGCUCUCUCCUAAGCCAUCAUAUCCUUCUCUUGUCGAAAUGACGACUCCUCACUCCUACGAGUGA